UUGAAACUUUAACAGUCAAUGGCCGUCUCUUCCGCCAUAGAAAGGAAGAAAAAACAAAAAAAAAACUUUGCUCUUUACACGAAACCCUAAAGAAAACAAACCAAACCCAUCAUGAAGACGAUCGUAAUCUUCUUGUUUAUCAUCUUAAUCCCAUUUUCUUACGCCGAAGACGACGUGCUCUGUCUCAAAGGCCUUAAAGCCUCACUCAAAGAUCCUUCAAACCAACUCAGCUCCUGGUCUUUCCCCAACUCAUCAUCAUCAUCUUCAUCAAUCUGCAAACUCACCGGAGUUUCUUGCUGGAACGCUAAAGAGAAUCGAAUCAUCUCUCUUCAGCUUCAGUCAAUGCAACUCUCUGGUCAAAUCCCUGAAUCUCUCAAACUAUGUCGGAGUUUACAAUCUUUAGAUCUUUCCGAUAACGAUUUCUCCGGUUUGAUUCCUUCACAAAUCUGUUCAUGGCUUCCUUAUCUUGUCACUUUAAAUCUUUCCGGUAACAAACUCGGUGGUUCAAUACCUUCUCAGAUCGUUGACUGUAAAUUCUUGAAUACCUUAGCUCUUAACAAGAACAAGUUAACCGGUUCGAUUCCUUCUCAGUUAACCCGGUUAAACCGGCUCCGACGACUUUCUCUCGCUGACAAUGACCUCUCCGGUUCGAUUCCUUCCGAGCUCUCUCAUUUUGGUGAAGACGGUUUUAGCGGCAAUGAUGGACUUUGCGGGAAUCCGUUAUCGAGUUGCCGUGCGUUAAACGGUAAAAACUUAACGAUCAUUGUGAUCGCCGGCGUUGUUGGAGCUUUUGGUUCGUUAUGUGUUGGAUUUGGUAUGUUUUGGUGGUUCUUUAUAAGAGAUGGGAGGAACAAGAAUGGUUAUGGCGUCGGAAAAAGUAAGGAUGAUAGUGAUUGGAUUGGUUUGUUGAGAUCACACAAGCUUGUUCAGGUAACUCUGUUUCAGAAACCAAUAGUGAAGAUUAAGUUGGUUGAUCUAAUUGUAGCUACUAACAGUUUUGAUCACGGGAAUAUCGUUGGUUCGUCAAGAACUGGAGUUUCGUACAAAGCUGAUUUACCUGAUGGGUCUGCAUUGGAGGUUAAGAGGCUUAGUAAUGGUUGUUGUGUGGUUAGUGAGAAGCAGUUUAGGGCUGAGAUGAGCAAGUUAGAUCAGAUCAGGCAUCCGAAUUUGGUUCCGCUUCUCGGGUUUUGUGUUGUGGAAGAUGAGAGAUUGUUGGUGUAUAAGCACAUGGCUAACGGGACGUUGUAUUCUCAGUUGCGGGAUUGUUCUAUGGAUUGGCCAACUAGGGUUAGAGUUGCUGUUGGAGCAGCUAGAGGGCUAGCUUGGUUGCAUCAUGGAAGCCAACCGCCGUAUAUGCAUCAGUACAUUAGCUCGAAUGUGAUUCUUUUAGAUGAAGAUUUUGAUGCUCGUGUUAUGGAUUACGGUUUGGGGAAGCUAGUGAGUUCGAGGGAUUCUAAGGAUAGCUCAUUUAGUAACGAUGAGUUAGGUGAAUUCGGUUACGUUCCGCCUGAGUAUUUAAGCACCAUGGUUGUGUCUUUAAGUGGAGAUGUGUAUGGGUUUGGAAUUGUGCUUCUUGAGAUUGUUACUGGACAAAAGCCUUUUUUGAUUAACAAUGGUCAAGAAGGGUUUAAAGAGAGUUUAGUAGAUUGGGUGGGUAAGCAUUUGAGUAAUGGUAGAAGUAAAGAUGCUAUUGAUAGAAGCAUAUAUGGUAAAGGAUAUGACGAUGAGAUAAUGCAAGUUUUGCUAAUCGCGUGUAGCUGUGUUGUAUCGAGGCCUAAGGAAAGACCGUUGAUGAUUCAAGUUUAUGAAUCUUUGAAGAAUUUGGGAGAUCAAUAUGGUUUCUUCCCUGAGUAUAGUGAUGAGUUUCCUCUCAUCUUUAACAAACAAGAACACUGAGAGUAGUCUUUGUAAUUUGAUCGAUCUAAAAAGGUUUUCUUACAUUUCCUCUUUACUCAAUUCUUUUUUUUUUUCUUACUCAAUUCUUUACUACUUACUUCUCUAUCAUUCUCACUUUUAACCGUGUUUGUUGGUUUCUUAUUUCGUGUGCCAUAUAAAUUUUGUGCAUCAUGUGAUGCAUUGAUGUAUCCCGGAGUGUUGUAACAUCUCUACUAUUAAUCGAGAAGUUUGUUAGCAUAAUAUGAUAUGCUUUUA